UCUCUCUCUCUCUCUUCAAACAAGGGACAUGAAUCUUCGUCUUCCUCUUCUCCUACUACCCAUCUGGGUCUUCACCACCACUUUGUUCUCUCUUCCAGUUCAUGCCAGGCCUGACCCUCUUGUCUCCACCAUUUAUAACCCUCUUCUUCCUUCUCACUACCCACCCAUUUCCCAAAUUUCUGCACAACUGGAAGCUGUUUCUCCAGGAAUGCCAGAGGUUAGAGUAGUGCACCAUCAAGAUGUGAACAAGAGAAUCCUUAUAGCACUUGUUGUUGCUUCCACACUUCUUGGUGGAAUUUUUCUAUUUCUAUCUUGUUUCUGGAUCCAGAGGCAAAGAAAUUUGAGGAAUUCGGGUCGGAAAAGCCAACAAAACUUGGAUGCUGCUAAAGGGCUUUCGUUAGGUCCAAUCUUGGGUAAAUUCAAUUCUUUAAGGGCCAAUGGUAAGAAGGAUUCGGUAACUGUGAUUGAAUAUCAUCUGCUAGUGGCUGCAACCAACAAUUUCAGUGAAAGUAAUGUUUUGGGGGAGGGUGGCUCUGGUCGGGUUUACAAAGCUCGUUUCAAUGAAAACUUCCUUGCAGCUGUGAAAAGACUAGAUCGUGGUGGGCAAGAUGGUGAAAGAGAAUUUGAGAAUGAGGUUGAUUGGUUGAGUAAAAUUCAGCAUCAGAAUAUAGUUUCCCUUUUGGGCUGCUGCAUUCAUGGUGAAACUCGGUUUCUUGUUUAUGAAAUGAUGCAGAAUGGGUCUUUGGAAGCCCAAUUACAUGGACCUUCUCAUGGAUCAACUUUAACUUGGCAUCUCCGGAUGAAAAUUGCUGUUGAUGUUGCAAGAGGAUUAGAGUAUCUUCAUGAGCACUGCAACCCUCCUGUGAUUCAUAGAGAUCUAAAAUCAUCCAAUAUACUUUUGGAUUCCGACUUCAAUGCCAAGCUUUCUGAUUUUGGCCUCGCCAUAACUUCUGGGACCCAGAACAAGAACAAUCUAAAGCUUUCAGGGACGGUGGGUUAUGUGGCCCCGGAAUAUCUCUUAGAUGGAAAACUAACCGAUAAAAGUGAUGUUUAUGCCUUUGGAGUUAUCCUUUUGGAGCUUCUGAUGGGAAGAAAACCAGUGGAAAAGAUGGCAUCAGCUGAAUGCCAGUCAAUUGUCACAUGGGCCAUGCCUCAGCUCACUGACAGAUCAAAGCUUCCAAACAUUGUGGAUCCCAUUGUCAGAGAUACAAUGGAUAUGAAGCACUUAUAUCAAGUAGCUGCUGUAGCAGUACUAUGUGUUCAACCAGAGCCAAGUUACAGGCCAUUGAUAACAGAUGUACUGCACUCCCUUAUCCCUCUUUUACCCGUUGAGCUUGGAGGAUCACUAAGAAUUACAGAACCUUUGCCCCCCGUCUGCCCCGAGCCUUCUUCUCAUUGAUUGAUCACAUGCAGAGGCUUACAUACAGUGGGAAGCUGCAUCUUGUGUGUUGUCCAUUGUCCAAAAUCCAUCAGAGUUCUAUUUUCUAGCGUUUUUUUUGUCGUUAUUUCUCUUAUGAUCUUUUUCUUCCAUAACUCAUAACCAGGGAAGUAAUGGCACGACGGGAUGGAUUACAGUUGUAAAUUGAGUCAAAAAUAGACUAUGAUUGUUUCAUAGUAUUCUAAAAACUCCAGUUUUCAGAUUAUUUAGACAGGGCUUUUCCUAGAGAUGAUUCAGUAAGUAGUCCUCCUAUGAGAAAAGCAUGGAGGGAGGUAACUUUUUAAAGCAUGACAAAGGAAAUAUUAGAAAGGAGAGUUAUACAACUCAACAGGUUUGGAUCUAAUAAAAUUGAGGGUUAGAGCA